AUGUUACCUCGCCCAGGCUUGCGUCAUGCUGGCUGUCGUCCAUUGCAUGGACCAAUAAGGACAGUGUCCCCACGGAUCGCAGCAACAUGGGGGUCAUCAAGGAUAGGCUUACACAGGCCGUCUUCUAGUUCAUCCCAACACCUCACUGGCCUACAGGCUGGUGAGGACAACACUGGCCACAUCAGUGCUGGCCCUAACGAGGGCAUCCUCUUCUUUAACAAUGUCUUUCCUAUCCAGAUACGCAAAAUACUGGGGCUUCCUAUGCCGCGCAUCUUAAAUCGGCUGAUUAGUCCCACCGCAUCCGGUACAGACCCAAAAACCGUCAUUGAAAGAGCAAAAGCCAAGCGGAAUCUGCAAAUUACCGGUACUGAAGUGCUCCCUCGUAUGCGGGAAGGUGGGGCGUUUGUCAAGUUCACUCAUGAUGGAAGUGCGUCAACCUCCGAGAUCGAAAAGACCUUGCAACAGUACUUGGAAGACGAGCCUGUGAAGCCAUGGUGGAGCCCGUGGAAUCAAAUGCAUGCAAAAGCAGUCAAGGGAAGACCUUGGGUGGAAGACCUGAUGCGUCUACCUGCCACUCGUUUACGCGUUGAGUUUGUGUCUGGUGAGCCUGGAGCGCCUGCUACUGAAGCAGCUGAGCUGAGCCAAGAGCAACUCUUCCAAUUCUUCAGGCCCUACGGAAAGCUGAGUGACAUUGUCAUGCAACCUCCAGACUCCAAAGUUCUUCCAAAGUUUGCCUAUUUGGACUAUGCUAGUAUAGGGAAAGCCAUUAUGGCAAGAAACUGCAUGCAUGGAUAUCUCGUGUCGGAAGCCGAGGGGGGUGGAAAGAAAGGCACAAUCUUGAGGCUCAAGUAUGAGCAAAAGAUCAAGCCCCGCUAUAUCAGAGACUGGAUCUUCAACCAUCCGCGUAUCGUCAUACCUAUUGUGGCUGCACUCAUUGCAGGUUUUGUUGCUGUCGUUUUUGAUCCCAUUCGGACAUUCUUUGUCAAGGCUCACAUCACACGAAAUUUCCACAUACAAGAUAACAAGUUGUAUCAAUGGAUCAAAGGUUACGCUACAGACAUCAUCAACGGAGGAAAGAAACGCAACGAUGACGAUGGUAUGGAUGCUAUCUGGGACGACCGAAAGGACAACAUUGAGCAGAUUCAGACCUGGCUGAUGGAGACUGCUGAUACCUUCAUUAUCGUGCGAGGUCCCCGUGGCUCUGGCAAGCGUGAGCUAGUGGUGGAUCAGGCACUACAUGAUAAAAAGGUGAAACUCGUCAUUGAUUGCAAACCUAUUCAAGAAGCCCGAGGAGAAAGCGCUACCAUCAACACUGCUGCUUUGUCCGUUGGCUACAGGCCCGUGUUUAGCUGGAUGAACAGCAUCAGUGGUAUGAUUGAUAUGGCUGCACAAGGUGCCACAGGCGUCAAGACCGGCUUUUCCGAAACCCUCGAUUCUCAGCUCAGCAAGAUUUGGAACACUACGACUUUGGCUCUUAGGCAGAUCGCUUUGGAUACCCGUCACAAGAACGACAAGGACGCGCACCUGCCAGACGAUGAAUGGCUUGAGGCACAUCCAGAACGCCGUCCUGUGGUGGUGAUUGACAACUUUCUGCACAAGAGCCAAGAAGGCGGUAUUGUCUACGACAAGAUUGCAGAAUGGGCAGCCCAACUCACGACAACAAAUACUGCUCAUGUGAUUUUCCUGACAAACGAUGUUGCGUACAACAAGUCAUUGUCCAAAGCUUUGCCCGAUCGAAUGUUCCGUCAAAUCUCGCUUUCGGACUGCAGUCCAGAAGUAGCGAAGCGCUUUGUAAUAACCCACCUUGAUGCAGAUGUCGACGAUGACCCCAUGCCCAAGGACGGAUCACCCAAGAAACUUCCUUCAGAGCAUCGCAAUGAUCUUGGAGAGCUCGACACCUGCAUCGGCUUGUUGGGUGGGCGGCUUACUGAUCUAGAGUUCCUGUCACGGCGCAUCAAGACUGGCGAGACACCCACUAAAGCAGUGCAUGAGAUCAUUGACCAGUCGGCGUCUGAAAUCCUCAAGAUGUACAUCUUUGGCGCAGAAGAUGAGAAUGGAAGCCGACACUGGAACGCUGAGCAGGCCUGGUUUCUGAUCAAGGAGCUCGCACAAAAGGGGUCUCUACGCUACAACGAGAUUCUUGUCGACGACAUGCUCAAGACUGGUGGCGAAUCUGUUCUUCGGGCUCUCGAACAAGCAGAACUCAUCACGAUUGAUUCUGGCGCAAAUGGCAGGCCUUCCAUUAUCGGACCUGGCAAACCUGUGUAUCUUCCGGCAUUUAAGCGCUUGACCGAAGACAAGGUGCUCAAGAGCCGCCUAGACUUGGCUAUUUUGACCCAUCUGACCAAGAUCGAGAGUGCGACGAUUGACAAGUGCGAAAAUGAGUUGCUGCUGCUGAGCCAGCUGAGAAAUCAGCCAGCACAAACCGCAGGGAGGGUGACUUACUUGUUGGCGAAGCUGAUGACUAGCCAGAGCAAGGUGGAGAAAUAUGAGGUGGAGAUGAAGGGGCUGAAGAAGAUACUUGGCAGCGAAUACUAG